AUGAAGACCAUUGCAGUUGCAGGUGGAGCUGGAAACGUGGGAAGCACCAUUGUCGACGGUCUCGUUGAGUAUGGCAAGCACAAGAUCUACGUCCUCUCUCGAAAGGAUCGACCCUCGCAAGGGGCUGUUAACUAUCUUCGGGUUGACUAUGAUGACCCUGAUGCCAUCGCCAAGGCGUUCGAAGAGGCGGGGGUCAAUAUCGUUAUCUGUGCUAUUGCCGUCGUCAACCCAGAGGCCAAUCAGUCCCAGAAGAACCUCAUCCUUGCAGCCGAGAAAUCAGCUACCACGGAGCGAUUCGUCAUCAGCAGCUUCGACAUGCUGCACGUAAAAGAGGACAUUGAACUCUCUCCUUUGGCGAGGUACACCUUUGAAGCAAUUGAUGAACUCGAAAAGACUCAGCUCACCUACACCCGCAUCGCCAAUGGUUGGUUCCUCGACUACUAUGGCAUGCCACACUGGAAGACUCACCUGGAACCAUGGAUCAACGUCAUGAACGUGGAGAAGAAGUGGGCAGUCAUCCCAGGAGACGGAAACGUCAAGGCCAGUUUCAUUACUUCUCAGGACAUGUCCAGAUUCGUCGCCAGGUUGAUGGAUCUGGAGAAGUGGAACAAGGUCAGCCCGAUUAUUGCAAACACGUUGUCCUUCAGUGAGUUGGUUGAAAUGGCAGAGAAGGCUCGAGGAUGCAAGUUCCGGGUGGCAAACGAUAGCCUGGAGAAGCUCCAGUCAGGAAAAAUCUCCUUCCACGAGGACUUCCCGCCCAUUGGGUACGGCGAAGGUGACCAAGCUUUCUUCGCCAUGCUUCACUAUCAAGCCGCCAUCGGACGAUAUCUCGUUCCAAGGGACUACCCUCCUCUAGACGCGGAGUUUCCGGGUCUCAAAAUCACCACGCCUCUCGAAGUCAUGGAAACUGCUUGGAAGGACAAAUAG